CGGACUCGGGGCAGUCGCUAAGCAAUACUUAUCCCUGGUUGUAUAUCUUUCUUUACGUCUUCUGUAUACUUUCAAGAGGUUGCCUAUAUUGCAUGCAAGCUGCGCCUGUGAAUAAAAACAUGGGAUCGUGUGUUAUCAUUUUGUCGUUGUUUGUCUUCGGAUAUUCGGUUGGAGAAUGUAAACUUAGAUUUGUCACAAUGCCUCCCCUGUUUGAAAGACUACCAGCCGCCACUGCUUUGGAGAAAGUCUGUGAAUGUCCUUGAGUGGCCCAGCCAGAGCCCAGACCUGAAUCCAAUUGAACAUCUGUGGAAGGAGCUGAAAAUAGCUGUGUACCGAUGUUCCCCAUCCAACCUGACGGAGCUUGCAAGCAUAUGCCAAGAGGAAUGGGCAAAAAUGUCCAUAAACAAGUGUGCCAAGCUUGUAGCUUCUUUCCUAAGAUGCCUUGAAGCUGUAAUUGCUGCCAAAGGUGCAUCAACCAAGUAUUAGGCUAAGGUUAUAUCGCCAUGGAGACCGUUCUCCAAUCAAAGCCUAUCCAACAGACCCGUACCAGGAGAGUGCAUGGCCACAAGGUUUUGGACAGCUUUCUCGGGAAGGUAUGCAGCAGCACUUUGAGCUGGGCCAAUUUCUGAGAAAACGCUACACAGGUUUCCUGAGUGAAAACUACACUCGUUUUGAGAUUGCUGUACGAAGCACAGAUUAUGAUCGCACUCUGAUGAGUGCUGCCUCAAAUCUUGCUGGUCUUUACCCACCCAGUGGCUCACAGGUAUUUCAUCCUGGUUUGGACUGGCAGCCUAUACCAAUACACACAGUUUCACAGGAUGAGGAGAAGCUGUUGCUGUUUCCUAAAGCAAACUGCCCACGCUACCAAUUGCUCAUGAACGAGACAGAAAGAACAGAGAUCUUCCUCAAUAUAUCUAAGACUUACAAAGAUUUCCUGGAGAUGGUGGAGAAUAAAAGUGGGCUGAAUUCAACUUCUGUUGAGACAGCAUGGAGUGUCUACGACACACUUUUCUGCGAGAAGAAGCAUGGCCUAUCCCCUCCAGCCUGGGUGACUCCAGACGUUAUGAAGACACUGAAGCUGCUGAAGAACUUUGGCUUCCAAAUCAUGUUUGGCAUCUAUAAAAGAGAGGAAAAAUGUCGGCUACAGGGAGGUGUCUUGCUGGAUCAAAUAAUUAAGAACCUAUCAGCUGCUGCCACUUCCAACUCAAGUCAGCAACUGAAGAUGAUCAUGUAUUCUGGACAUGACACGACCGUUGUAGCACUUCAGGAGGCACUUAAUGUGUAUAAUGGAUUACAGCCACCAUAUGCUUCUUGCCACAUAUUCGAACUGCAUCAGGAUCACAAUGGAUCCUUCUCUGUGGCAAUGUUUUAUCGUAACGAUAGCUCUGUGGCUAAGCCAUACAAUUUAACUUUACCUGGCUGUGCCCAGCUGUGCCCACUGCAGGACUUCAUUCGACUCACACAUUCAGUUAUUCCAACAGAUUGGCACAAGGAGUGCCAGAUCAGCUCAUCUGCAAAUGAUAAAGAUGUGAUUGUUGGGCUGGCUGUCUGUGGCUUCAUUCUUCUGCUCCUCGUUGUAGUGUUGUUUGUUGCAUUGUGCCGUCAGAGUGAACCGGUCAUUGGUUACAGCCACAUUAGCAAUGAGAGUGAUGAUCACUCCUGACAGUCAUACCAGCUCCUGUGCAACACAAAGUCAUGGGAUCGUGCAAGCCUGUAAAAGACCAGUCACACACACCAGCAAGUACAACUAUACAAUCAACUGGAUUUUAUUAUGGAUAAUUUUUAAUCCUGACAUUAUAUUUUGAUAUGUGUGAUCUUUCUUUUAUACUGUAGAACAUAACCGGUUUAACUGGUUUCCCAAUUUUCCCCUGAUUUUCUCCCUAAUUUGGCCAGUUCCUACCCUCCAGCAAGCUCUUCUAUGUGAUAGUUACCAGCUAGGGAGGGCAAAAGUUAUUACAUGCUUCGUUCAAGGUUCAUGAAGCCAGCUAACUAUAUCUUUUCAAACUGCUGCUCCUACGUCAGGGGGCAGUGUGACACGCUCAGAGGAAAAUGCUAUCCUCUCACUACCGUAAACAUGAGCUCACAGAUGCCCAUGAUUGACUAGUCUUGCUGUGCCUGAUGGGGUGAAAGAGUAUUCCACCCCUUCCUUCCUGAGAGCACAGCCAAUUCCCAGCUCCCAACCACACAUGCCUAUGGCAUCAUUCGGAUUUGAGCUUGCAAUAGAGAGCAUUCUUUGAGUCCAUCGUUUGUUUACACUUCUCAAAAAAAGAAAUCUGAUGUGUGACACUUGUUUAUUUUUUGAUUGUUUAAUUGUUAUAUUGGAAUGAUCUUGUGAUGUGCUAAAAUAAUUACCAAAAUGUAUGCCAUUUUUUUCUGUCCAUGUCUUUCCUCAUAUCUGUUGUACAGCUUUUCUCUCCCAGCCUCAGCAUAUGCUUUUGUUGGGUUAAGACACUUUUGUGGUUUAUAUACUUACCAUCCCCUUAAUUAGGAACAUCUGUACACCUGCUCUUUCGUGCAAUUAUCCAAUAAAACAACCAUGUGGUAGCAGUACAAUGCAUAAAAUCAUGCCGAUACAUGUCAAGAGUUUCAGUUUAUGUUCACCAAUCAUUAGAAUGGGGAAAAUGUGAUCUCUGUGACUGUAGCAUGGUUGUUGGUGCCAGAAGGGCUGGUUUGAGUAUUUCAGAAAUUGGUAAUCUCAUGGGGUUUUCAUAGACAACAAUCUCUAGAGGGCACAGAAUGAUGUAGAAAACAAAAUAAAAUCCAGUGAGUUAAGAAGCAGCCUUUAUUUGUCACAUGCACACUCGAACACAGUGAAAUUUGUCCUCUGCAUUUGACCCAUCUGGAGCAAUGAACACACACAUGGAAACACACAAGUGAACAGUGAGCACAGACAUACCCAGAGCAGUGAGCAGCUAUGCUAUAGCGUCCUGGGAGCAGUUGGGAGUUAGGUGCCUUGCUCAAGGGCACUUCAGCCCAAGGCCACCCCAUGUUAACCUAACUGCAUGUCUUUUGAGUUUUAGUUCUGCUGGUGGAAACACCUUAUUAUUGAGAGAACUCAGAGAAUGGCUAAACUAAUUUGAGCUGACAGGAAGGCUAUGGUACCCACUCUUUAUUCAAAUGUGGUGAGCAGAAAAGCCACAGUACAUGGCACCCUUUUUAAUGAAGAACAUGAAUCUGAGGCUAUAUUGGGCACAGGUGCACCGAAACUGGAUAGUUGAAGAUUGGAAAAGAAAAAACGUUACUUGAAGGUUUAAUGAAACUUGUCUGUGGGUUAAGCCUUAAUAUUUUUCUUUCCUGCAGUAUUGCACUAAUGUGGCUGUAAGACCAGUUUUUAGUGUUUUGAAAAAACACUUCCAUAUGUUUUACUAUCUGGGCAGCACGGUGGUGUAGUGGUUAACACUGUCACCUCACAGCAAGAAGGUCCUGGGUUCGAGUCCAGCGGCUGGCGAGGGUCUUUCUGUGUGGAGUUUGCAUGUUCUCCCAGUGUCUGCGUAGGUUUCCUCCGGGUGCUUCAGUUUCCCCCACAGUCCAAAGACAUGCAGGUUAGGUUAAUUUAUGGCUCUAAAUCGACCGUGAGUGUGAAUGGUUGUUUGUCUCUGUGUCAGCCCUGCGAAAACCUGCCAACUUGUCCAGGGUGUAGCCCGCCUCUCGCCCAUAGUCAGCUGGGAUAGGCUCCAGCUUGCCUGCGACCCUGUAGAACAGGAUAAGCACCUACAGAUAAUGGAUGGAUAGAUGUUUACCAUCUUCUCUAGUCAUAAAUUUUGGACAGUGAUUGUGGCUAUGCAAGUUUUAAUAUUAAACCAAAUUUAAUCAGGAAACACUGUCCUUGUAUUAGGAAAAGCCAAUAGAUAGAUAGAUAGAUAGAUAGAUAGAUAGAUAGAUAAAUUCAGUCAGACCAAAUGUUCAGGCAUGUGAGUUUCCUAACAAAAGGUUGUUAAAAGAGGUUGUAAAUGUGUUUCUAGAUCAAUAAAUAGUUUUGUUCCAACAUCUAAGAAAUAAUGUUUGGUAGAUUUUACAUGUUAAAAAUUAACCACUGACUGCAUUAUGUCCCCACAUACAACACCUAAAAGAUAUACCUGCUCCAAGGUAGAUAGGUCAUUAAACAAGUCAAAGUAUCAGAUUUUGUAAUGCGUUUUCAAGCUUAUCAUUGUGAUGCCAAAUGCUUUUAUUUGUAUAUUUAUAAAUGUUUGGUGAUUAGUUUGUGUAUUUAACUGACUCACUGACUGUCAGAAAUAGUACUUUUCAUUGAAAAUGAAUCGUUUGUCAGUGGGAUAUCCAGCUUUGAUAGAAAAAAAAAAGAUUUUGCAAACAAUAUUCCAGCUUGAUAACAAUCUGUAGAGCUUGUGGUUGUGUUGUUCCCCCUUUGAUUUUCAUGGCCUUAUGUUUUAAAUGCCACCAUUGCCUUUGCAAAUUAAUCCAGGUAAAUAAAAUUUUGAAAUCAAAAA